AUGGAGAUGAUUGAGAAUUGGAAGAAUGAUGAGCAAUCAGAGCAGAACAACAUCAAAGUACCUAUAGACUUCACAUCGCAAAACGAUAGCGCACAAGGUAUGAGGUGCUUCACUGUUCGAGAUUUUUUCUUCCUAGCCUAUCACACCUGUCUCACCUCACCAUCUGUUUAUUUCUCUUGUAGGAUUGCAAGAAAUGCUUCACUGGUUUACUAAGGAAAAACAUCACUCCAUUGAAGACCUGGUUAAAUCUGUCUUUAAGCUGUUUGUUUCUGACGUAUUGGAUAUGGAAAGGGCAUCUUUGAUACCCGAAGAAGCAGUAGAAGCUAACUUAGCAGAUUUGAAGAGGUUUAUCACAGAUGAUGCCAGGAAAGCAGUUUGCAAAUUAGGUUAG